AUUGUAAAAUUUGGUGAUGCAAUAACCACUCUUAAUCCAAAAAGAAAAAAUUUGUGAAUGCACUUGAAUUUCGAAACGAAACACUGUCAAUUUUCACGUUUAUUUGUAUGUGUGUGGAAUCUCAUUCAAUUUAAUAAGAAAAGUUUAAGGAGAUGUUACCAUUGUCAUUGUUACGGACGGCUCAGAACCAUCCUAUGUUGGUGGAAUUAAAGAAUGGAGAAACUUAUAAUGGACACUUAGUAAGCUGCGAUAAUUGGAUGAAUAUUAAUCUGAGAGAAGUAAUCUGUACAUCACGUGAUGGAGAUAAAUUCUGGAGAAUGCCAGAAUGUUACAUCAGGGGAAGUACAAUAAAAUACCUCAGAAUUCCUGAUGAAGUUAUUGAUAUGGUGAAAGAAGAAACAAUGGUCAAGGGUAGAGGUCGUGGAGAGAUGAAGGGUAGAGGUGGACAGGGUCAAAGAGGAAGAGGUGGAGGACGAGGGUCAUUUGGUGGCCGUGGAGGAAGACCAGCUCCCCUUAGCCGAGGUGGAAUCGGGCGAAAUCCACCCAGUAAACAGAAAAACAAGUGACUGUGAUAUACAAUAUACUGGCAGAUUCCUAAUCAUAUUUUCAAGCACUUUUGAAGGUUCAGCAAGGUGUAUUUUAGUGAGUUCUGUGUAUUUGUUUUACGUUUGCCAUGUACUGAGUUCGAAGAAUGAUCAUUUAUUUGUAACAGUAAAGUGUGUCUGUGAAUUUUAUUUUGUAAUUAUUAUGUGUCAGAAGUACUGUUUCAUGUGUAAUGUAGUUUUCAUAAAUGAGUGUUACAGUAACUCUGCAGUCCCAUUAAGUUGAUGUUACAUCAUACUAUAGCUAAUGAAAUACAAUGUUCUAAACUUG